UCUUCCUGUCACCUGCCGCUGCUGCCCGGGCGGGUCACUGUGAGCCGGGUGUCCCCGGACCAUGAAGCAGCAGGAGCAGAGCCCGGGCCCCGGGGGAGACCCCCUCGCGCUGCUGGUGCCGGUCCGCCGGGUGCUGUGGCUGCUGGUCCCGCUGCUGCCCGUCUAUGUGUGCGGGCGGCUCGGGCUCGGCCCCCUCUGGCUCGGACUCGGCUCUCUGCUUUGGGUUUUGUGGCUGAGAAACAAGAGAUCGAAAGCGGCGCGACUGACGGCGGCCUGGGAGCUGCUGGACGACGAGAGCCUGGGGGUGACCCGGGGGCUGAACCCACAGCAACUGCCCUCCUGGGUGAAUUUUCCGGAUGUUGAGAGGGUGGAAUGGGUUAAUAAGGUUCUGGGGCAGGCGUGGCCGUAUUUCGGGGCGUACGUGGAGCGGAUGCUGACAGAGAAGGUGGAGCCGCUGAUCCGAGCCUCGAACGUCCAUCUCAAGGCUUUCACCUUCACCAAGAUCAGCUUCGGGCAGAAGUUCCCGAGGGUGAACGGGGUGAAGGCGUACGCCAAGAACGUGGACAAGAGGGAGGUCAUCCUGGACGUGCAGAUCUGCUACACCGGGGACUGCGAGAUCAACGUGGAGGUGAAGAAGCUCUGCAAGGCGGGGGUGAAAGGCGUGCAGCUCCACGGGACGCUCCGCGUGAUCCUGGCUCCGCUUUUGCCGGAAGCUCCGUUUUUUGGAGCCGUCACGAUGUUCUUCAUCCAGAAGCCGCAUCUGGAGAUCAACUGGACCGGAAUAACCAACGUGCUGGAGAUCCCCGGAGUCAGUGACAUGUCGGACUCGAUGAUCAUCGAUAUCAUCUCCUCGCACCUCGUUCUGCCCAACAGGCUGACCGUCCCACUGAAAGGCCACGUGAACAUCGCUCAGCUCCGCUACCCCGUGCCACAAGGCGUCCUGAGAGUUCAUUUGAUUGAAGCCGAGAACCUGAUCCCCAAAGACAAUUAUCUGAGGGGGGUAAUAAGGGGCAAGUCUGACCCCUACGUGGUCCUGCGUGUCGGCAACCAGAUGUUCAAGAGCAGAACCAUUAAAGAGAACCUUAAUCCACGCUGGGGUGACACGUACGAGUUCGUGGUGCAUGAAGUCCCCGGCCAGGACCUGGAGGUCGAUCUCUACGAUGAAGACCCCGACAAGGACGACUUCCUGGGCAGCUUGGUGGUCGGUCUGGAGGGCGUCAUGAAGGACCGGGUUGUGCAGGAGUGGUUCCCUCUCAGCGACGUGGCCAGCGGGAAGGUGCAUUUUAAACUCGAGUGGUUUUCGCUUCUGGCCGCGCAGGAGAAGUUACGUGAGGCCGAGAAAGGGUUAACGACCGCCAUGCUGAUCGUGUAUCUGGACAGCGCCUGCAAUCUGCCGAGGAAUCAUUUUGAAUUUUCAAACAACGAAUACGCGAGAAAACAGAAGUACGCCAGUUACCCCAAGGUUGAGAAGGAGCCGUCGGCGUACGUGGUGCUGUCCGUGGGGAAGAAGUUCACGAAAAGCAAGACCUGCGCGCCCUCCAAGGACCCCGUGUGGGAACAGGGCUUCGCCUUCUUCAUCCAGGACCCCCACAUGCAGCAUCUCCACGCCGAGGUGAAGGAUGACGAGCGGCAGUGUGUCUUGGGCUUGCUGGAUUUCCCGCUUCACCGGCUGCUGGGCUGCGAGGAUCUGACGGCCGAGCAGAGAUUUCCGCUCAGCAACUCCGGGGCGGACAGCGGCGUCAGGAUGAAGCUCGUGCUGCGGGUUCUGCACGUGGAGGAGCCGGACCCCGAGGCCGUUUACUCUGGAAUUAACUCCAUGAAGCACGGACCGGUCUCCAUCCGGCGGGCGCAGGAGGCGAAGCCACGGGGAAAGCAGCACAAGCCGUCGGAGGGCCAGCAGCAGAGCAGCCAGGGCCACGCGGUGCCACCUCCCAAACUGCUCCGCAAAGAUAGCGCGGCUAACAGCGCGCAGCGGCCCAACCACGCCGGCCACGAACAGAGCACCGCGGCACCCCGCAACCCCACCGGCUCGGCGCCACGGAACCCCAACCUCCGCACGCUGCAGAGAAUCGCCCCCAGCCUCAUUUCACUCAACUCCGUGGCCUCCUCCUGCUUUGAUCCCUAUGAGGGUCACGGGGCCACGGACGUGGUUUCCGGGGAGAUCCAAAUCUCCGUUCAGUACGUGUCGUCCCGGCGCUGUCUCAGCGUGACCGUCGGCUGCUGCAGGAACCUGACCCGGUGUUCCAGUACCGGAGCCGACCCCUACGUCCGGAUCUAUCUCCUCCCGGACAGACGGUGGCCGAGCCGGAAAAAGACCACGGUGAAGAGGAAGACCCUGAACCCGGAGUACAACGAAAAGUUUGAGUUCCUCGCUUUCCUCGAAGACGUGAAGAAGCGCAUGCUGGACGUGGCCGUGAAAAACAACCGGUCGUUCGGAUCCCACGAGAGAAAAGAACUGGGAAAAGUACUCGUGGAUCUGUCCACGGCCGAUCUGGUUGAGGGGUUUACGGAGUGGUUCGAAUUGACGCCGAGCGGCCACCCCGGCUCCUGAUCAGAUCCACAGAAAUGGGAUAUCGUGGGAGCUGCGCAUGUACAUAUGUAAAUGUGUAAUUAACACAUUACGGGGGGGGGGUCAAUUCCAUGCCGCCCAUCCCCCGACAGUCCCUGUAACGCGGGCCGGCCCCCGAGGGGCAGGCGGCCGAUUGAGGCACUUUUGUAAAGACGUUAAUGCUGCUUGUUAUUCCCAAACAG